GCCUCGGAGCCGGCGCGGGGCGGAGAGUCAUCGGUUGGUGCCGGCUGCCCCCCGACCCUAGUCCCUGCGGACAGAGGCUGUUGGCCCCACCGGCCCAUGCGAGAAGGAUGCUGGAGGGCGGCUGCAAGGCGGUGAAGGAGGGCGUGCUGGAGAAGAGGAGCGACGGGCUCCUGCAGCUCUGGAAGAAGAAGCGCUGCAUCCUUACUGAGGAGGGGCUGCUCCUCAUCCCUCCCAAGCAGCAGCCGUCGCCGCCGCCUCAGCAGCAGCAGCCGCCACCUCCGCUGCCGGCCGAACCGGCGGCCAAGAUAAAGGAGCUUCACUUCUCUAACAUGAAGACCGUGGACUGCGUGGAACGGAAGGGCAAGUACGUGUACUUCACAGUGGUGAUGGCCGAGGGGAAGGAGAUCGACUUUCGGUGCGCGCAGGAGCAGGGCUGGAACGCGGCGAUCACGCUGCAGAUGGUACAGUACAAGAACCGCCAGGCCAUCCUGGCCGUCCGCUCCACCCGCCAGAAGCAGCAGCACCUGGCGCAGCAGCCCCAUGGCCCGCGCCUCCGCGCCGCCUCUAACUCCGCCUAGCGCAGGUUAAGUUAAGCAGAGGGCUUCGGGGAAGCGAGACUGAGCGUGUUCGUGGCGGACGUACUUCAGUUGGCGAGAAACUGGGCAAGCGCCAGAGAUGCGGGUGGACUGGAAAGAAGCGGCUCAACCACCUGAACCCCAGCUAGCUGCUGCUGCUUUGCCGCCCUCGGUGCCGAGAAGCAUUUCAAAUCUAUUAUUUAUGAACCUUGGAAAGGAUCCGUUGGUGCGAUGGGACUUCUAGGAGACAUGAUGUACUGUAACUUUAUUUUAAUGUACUUUAUUUUAUUUAUUAGAAUUGGUUGGGUUUUCCGUUGUGUUUUU